AUCAAUUAGUGUUGGUAACUGUUUGGACAAGCGAACCCGGCGUUUGUUUACUUGUUUCUCAUAAAAUUACCUGAAGCUGGACUUUUUUGUAAACCACUGUGAAUGAAUAAAUGAGGCAUGAUGUGUUCUUUUGUAUGUGAAUCCCCACAUCUAAAAAUAUGAACUUUCAUUAUCUGCGUCUGAUAAGUGGUGAGGUGAACCAAAAGAUCAUUAGGCAGAUGCUGUAGUUUGCAUUUAUAAAACCACAAUGCUGACUGAUUACUGGGCACAUUCAAGAAAAUCAUUUCGAGAAGAGAACAUCAACCAAGAAGACUGAUAAUGGCAAAUUUAGUAACAAUCGUGUGUUUACUUAUUGUGGCAACGUUCCCUUGUUGCCUAUCCAUCAACAUUAAACCACGCAGCAGCUGGGGAGCAGUUGCGGCUAGAUCCCCAGUACGUAUUAACGGCGCUGUCGAUUUUGUUAUAAUUCAUCAUUCGGAUAAUCCCAAUGGCUGCAGUUCGGAGGCGGCCUGUCAGCGACUCAUCAAGAAUAUACAAAGCGAUCACAAGGGUCGCAGGAAUUUCAGUGAUAUUGGUUAUAAUUUCAUAAUUGCCGGUGAUGGAAACGUUUACGAAGGUCGCGGCUGGGGCUAUCAGGGGUCACAUGCACCACGCUAUAACAACAAAAGUAUUGGCAUUGUAUUCUUGGGUAAUUUUGAAAGUUCAAAGCCUUCAGAUGAAAUGCUACAAAAUGCCAAGGAUUUAAUAGCACAGGCAGUUAGUAGUGGUUAUUUGAAAGAGAAUUAUACCUUGUUGGGGCAUCGUCAAACAAAAGCCACUUCAUGUCCCGGCACAGCCCUGUACAAUGAAAUUAAGACGUGGCCUCACUGGAAGGAGAUUUAGUUUUGAAAAAUAUCCUUACUCUUUCUUAACAACUAAAUGCAGUACCAAGGAUUUAGAUCCCUGUUUGUUAUUUAAAUUUAAAUAAAGUUGUAAAUUACA